AUGGAAUUGCAUCUCAAGCAGUUUUACUUGCUAUUGGCACCUGUAUUCAUUUUUACAAGUAUUGCAAUGAUUCCAUUAACAUCAGCAACGAAUACAUCUGUUACGGUUAACUAUUUUAAACUAGGCGGAUGUAAUUCAUCACUUUCAGCCAGCGUUGGUGAUUAUUGUGAUCAUAUUGUGACAAUGACUAUUGGAUCAUCAAACGGCUCAGAUUCUUCAACUGAUCUUAGUAUGGAAAUCAUAAUGCCUGAUAAUGGCACGAUUGUUAUGCAAAUGUCAAAACCAAAAAUAACAUAUGUUGGUGGAAAUUUUCUCAAUUCAGCAAGUCUUUAUCAAUCAACAAUAACGAUGACAUCCCAAAUGAAUACGUCGCAAUAUGAUAAUGCUGAAAUCAAUUUUGGAAAUGUUACGAAUGGUUUCCUUGUUGCAGCAAAUAAUGCUACAGAAAGUUCAAUUACGGUUUCGUUUCGUAGCGUUGUUAUUAGCUGUCCAAGUUAUCAAGUCGACGGUGCUGCAUAUGUGACAACGGGUCCUUUUACAAUUGGUAGUAUUAACAAUUCAAGUUUACAAAUUCCACAAGGUUCACCAUUUUCAUUAUCAGUACCGGUUAAUUAUAAUAGUACAUAUGCAUCGAAUUUUGUUUUUACAAUUACAAACGAUAAUCCAUCGCAAUUAGGACUCUGUUCAGUAUACGUUCAAAGUGCAACAUCUGGUUUCGAACAGUUACCAAAUUUAGCAUAUGAAAUAUCACAAAAUUUAACAACUUCAUUGACUAAUAAUCAAAUUUCGAUUAGUCUUGGUCAAAUUGUCAAUACCCAAUUUUUGAAUGGUUCACAAGCAACCCUCUUUAUGACUGUUUUUGGACGUGUAUUCAAGACUGAUAGCAUUAGUUCAUUUUUAGCUGGUACAAUGACGGCACAAGUAAGCGCAUCAACAAGCGCAACAGUGACAAAAAUGUAUACCAUCUAUGCAGUACCAUCUAUUGCAGCUUUUCCAUUAAAUGGUUCAUUACCAGCAACUACUCUUUCACAACGAAUCAGUACAGCUGGUAUUUAUCAAGCAUUGGAACUGACAGUCACAGUGGUUAUUCCAAGUGGUUUUUCUGCUCCCAUUGUUAUUAAUUUAAACGGUGCGGUGAAUUCUUCAACAGCAGCUGUAAAAUCUUGCGCAAUUAUAUUUCAAUCAGCUGGUGAAAAUGUUGCCAAUGCAAAUCCUCAAUGUAUUGAUCAAAGUACUUCAAGAUUUACUUAUACAUCAAGUUCUAAUUCAUCCGUUUAUGAUCAAUUAUCGUAUGACUAUGGUGUGUUAUCUGAUAUGAACAUAUUUUCAACAAGCGUUUCUCCUACAGUCAAUACCGUAGUUUUUAAUGCAGCGUUUCAAUUAUUAAAUACAACGGAAAGUGUAGUUUGGCCAGUUGUUGGAAUUACAUUUGGAAAUGAUACAGUUUGGGUUGGAACUGCACCUGUUACUGUUACAACUAUAAGUUAUAAUACAACAAAUGCAACUGAACCAAUUUUCAAUCUAUCCUAUGAAACAAAUAAUACAGUUAAUCAAGCAACAACAAUUUUAGGACUUACACGUUUAUUCUAUUAUGAUAUCUAUACUAAAGCAACUGGUACUUAUACACCAAUGACAUUAAGAAUAAUGACAAAUGAAACAUCGAUUGGUAGUAGAAUACCAGCUGCAAGUAUUUGUCUUGUUAAAAUUUUAUAUGUUGGCCAGAAUCUUCCAUGUCUCAUUCCACAAUUUUAUAAUCAAGAUCAAUCACCAUUUAUUACGUAUUCAUCAAGAUACAGCCAACAAAAAAAUGAUACUGUUGAUAUAGAAUUAGGUCCACUAUGUAAUUAUGAAACAGUACAACCUGAUGAUGAUCUCGGUCGAAUUCGUAUUGGUGUUUAUGUCAAAAUUGAAACAUCAUUGGGCAAUGGACAGAGCACUUAUGUAGGGCUCAAUCUUUAUUAUACACCACUAAAUGUUUGGACUGGACAAAUACUUUUUACAGGAAAUCAAACAGCGAGUGCACCAAAUGUUGUGGGAACACCUUUAUUUUUUCCAUUGAGUUCAACAGCACAACCAUUCAAUAUAAAUUCAUUAACAGUUAUUAAUUAUGGUUUAAAAGUUCCAGUUGCAUCCUAUGGAACCUAUUCAUCAUUGUCGAGUUCAAUUAUCAAUGAACCUAAUCAACAAACAAGUAUAUGUCGUGUUGAUAUAUCACCAAAUCGUGGUACAAAUGUUCCAUGUUCAAAUGAUGUAUCAUCAGCAUUUACUUACAAUGCAAAUGGAUAUUCUUCAUUAGCAACAACAGAUCUUGGAAUGAUUUGUAACAUUGCUUCGAAUUCUUCGACGUUGAAUGCAACACUGUCGCUCGAUUCCAAUACAGUGAUCGUUCAAGUUUUUCUUCUGGCUAUGCCACAAACAAGUUCAACAUUUGGUUUAACUCUAUCGAAUUUAGUACCAACUGGCCAAACUGCAUUAGCACCAAUAACAUCAAUAUUUAAUGGUAGCACGAUAAGUAACUUCGGAAAUAUAUCAUCGACGAGUUCAUUAAAUACAAGUAAUUAUCAACAAUUAAAUGAUCCAAACAACAGUACACGAGUCUAUCUUGGUCAAGAUGUAUUGUUUCGUACAGAAUUGAUACUUGCUUCUAAUCAAACCAAUCAAUCGUGUUAUUCGUUAUUAUUCCAAUUCAGUUUUACGCCAUCAAAUACUGAUGCAGCUUAUUUUACGAAUGCAUUUUUAAUUAGUUCUGGUAAUAAUUUAAUGUGCGUGAAAGCGAAACCAGCAUUAACUCUUACCAGUGGUGGUUCAACUGUAUAUAAUACUUCGAUGUAUGUUGAUUUCGGUACAUUUUGCUAUUAUCCAAUUGAUCCUACGAAUAUCACAGCGAACACCUUAAUUAUUCAAGCUAAUGCUCGUGUACCAGUGUCAACAACAGUUCCAGUAAAUAAUCAACUAUCAAUCAAUAUAGCAACAUUUGUUAAUAAGAAUCAGUCAGGCUUAAAUGAAAGUAUUUCAUGGACAGUAACAAACUAUACGGCCUACACUGGUUUUACAGUAUAUCCAAACGAUACAGUCACUGUACUUACAUCGACAACAAAUUCAACAGUACAAAGUGGUAUCCAUCAAUUAGUUACAUUUCCAUUUAAAAUAUAUUUACCUAUCUACGCUCAAGGACACUUACAAAUUUCAAUAGCUAGUAUACCAAUGGCAAAUAGUGUUACAAUUAAUAUCAUAUCAGCUGAUAUACUUUCAGCAGGCAUUAAUGUUGGAUCAUUUAUGAGUGAAUAUAUACUUGGGGAUAAGUAUCAUUGGACUUAUUCAUCAAGUGUACUAGGCUCAAGUUAUCAAGAUACGGCCUAUCUUGAUUUAGGUGUUGUAACAAAUACAGGAACAUCGAUAUUGCAGAAUUCAUCUUCGAGUGCAACAGAUAAUUAUAUUUUUGUUCAAGCAAUUGGAUAUUUAACUGAUAGUCCAUUAGCUGAAGCAAAUUUUUCAUUUAAUAUUGCUUUAACUGCAACUUAUGGGGCCAUGAAUAGCUCAAAUUCAUUUUCAGAUAUUGUAUUAAGAAAUGGAACUGAAGAGCCCAUUAUGUUUAUCAAUCGAACUGAUAUUACCAGUGGAACUUAUGGAAUUGGAUCAACAUACAGCGGUAUCAUUCGCUAUGGCCAUGACAAUAAUUCCAAUGCUGAAUGUAUUAAUGCUGGAAUCAUUAUCUAUGUACCAACUUGGAUAUCAUUACAAAGUUAUAAUUCAACAACUUUGGGAGUAAAUUAUACAACUGAUAAUGUAUCAUAUAUUCUAUUCAAUUUGGGUGUACUUCUAUUUAAUGAUGUGGGCUCAUUGACAUUCACUCUUAAUAUUGGUACAUCUGCUCAGAUGAUUUUAGCUUAUCAAAGAUAUUAUUCACCGACUAUUACAAUACCUUAUGAGUUGAUGUGUAUGAAACGCCCAAGAGCUGAUGUGGCUUAUUAUCCAGCAUCUUAUGUAUUUGCUUUUACUGAUAUUAUUUCAUUAUCAAUAUCAGCCAUGCCAGUUUUGAAUUAUCCAACUUUACUCGAUACAUUGAAUCCUUGUCAAUUUUCAUCGAGUGUAACUGGAUCAGAUGCAUCCUUAGUACGAACAACUGGCUGGCAAACUGGCUAUCGAUCAAAUCAAUGGAUGUUAUCGGGUGCUACUUAUCUGCAGAUUAAUUUCGGAAAUUUCACAUUAAUUAAUGGAAUUCAAUUAACUGUUCCGCCUGCAUUUGCACCGAUUCGUCUUCUUCGACUUGGUUAUAGUUGGGAUGGAACUAGUUUCGCUAUGGAUACAACGAAUUAUUUCGUUAAUGGCAGUUCAUCAUAUGUAUUUUCAUUAUCAAAUGAAGUAUUAAUUCAAUCGUUUCGUAUCUAUUUAAUUGAUGUUGUUCAGCCAAAUGAUUUAUUAACGAAAACAUCAGGUUUUAUUCUUAAUAUAACUGGUACAGUUAAUUCUACGAAUGUUACUGUUGCAAGUAUUUGUCCAAGUAUAUCAAGCACACUUUCGCCACGUACAAUACUUGUAGCACCUCCUGCACAAACGGGUCUCAGUUAUUCAAAUGAUGUCUAUGUUUGCGAUGAAAUACUAACAAGAACAUCGAUUCUAUGUCAUGUACUUCUCAAUGGUGAUUUAUCAGCAACAGCUACAUGGAUUGUCUUGAAUACAACGAUAGCAAAUAUUAAACUGUUUGUCUAUGAUACUGUAGAAGAAAGACAAUCUUUAUAUGGAUAUGCACAAGAUGGUCUAUCGAUAAUGCGUAGUGAUGAUCGUGGCCUAACAUGGUCUGUCACUACUUUUGCUGAAUACUCGAAUAUGACAGCACAAUGCAAUGCAAAUUCGAAAGUAUGUACAAUGAGUCAGCCGUAUCCUUUAAUGAGUGGUUCACCAGGCUAUCUACAAUUGCAAAGUGGUGCUGUACCAUGGACUGCUUCAAUUGGUGGACUUCUGACACUACCAUCAGGUGGCAACUUAGCAUUUGAUUGGUUUUGA